AAAAUCAAUAACAGAAGAGCCAUUUCGGCGUUCUUUGACUAGAGCUACAAUGAGUUCCUUGAAGAUAAUCUAUUUCCUUUUAUCCAUUUUUUCUAUCUCUUUCUUAUUCAAACAUUGGAAGUUUGAGUGGAAGUAAGAAUAUUGCAAAUGAGAUUCCACCGGCCAGCAGUUCAUCAGUAGUAGUAGUAAAAAAACAAGAUGAUACGUCAACAACUCCCCUCUCUGUCCACUUGAAAAUGGACUGUCAACUACUGGUUGGUUGGUGGUUCUGAUAUUAGUCUACCAAACUGUCAGCGUCGCCAUUUGACAUUUGUGAAUUCAUCUGGGUUUGUUCAGAACCAUGUCUGGAUGUCCUCGUUGUGCCAAGUGAAAAGAUUCCCAACCUCAGAAAGGGCUGUGCAGUGCAUUAAAGGAAAAAAGAUAUACUUAGUUGGUGAUUCCACAAUUCGCCAGUGGUUUGAGUACCUGAGCAAAAUUAUUCCAACUCUGAAGACUGUGAAUGUGGGACGACAUAUGUGGUACUCGGAACACUUGGCUGUGGAUCUGACCAAUGACAUCUAUGUUCAGUGGAGAUCACAUGGACUCCCUUGGCAGUCAGGAGGCCCAUUAAUGCUUUCUGAUACUCCUUCAGCAGUGAGUCUGAUUAACAACAUCUAUGGAGGGCAAGAGUUUGUCGUUGUUAUCUGCAUGGGAGUCCAUUUUACUCCAAACCCCUUGAAGUUCUACCUGCAAACACUUAUCAAUGUUAGAAAUGCAGUCAAGAGACUUCUGGGCAGAAAUCCAGAUACAACAGUGAUUCUUAAAAAUGCAAACACAAGAGUACCUGAUAAAUUAUUACUUCAUAAUGACUGGCUGGGCUAUGAACUAAAUCGAGCUUUAGUGGCAACCUUCUUAGGCAUGAGUGUCUCUCUGAUUGAUACAUGGGAUAUUGCUGUAGCAUAUAAUUCAGGGGACCUGCACCCAGGAGAAGAAAUUAUCCGAAGUGAAGUAGAUGUUUUCCUGUCUUACAUCUGUCCUAACAUUUAAUGCAUGGAGUAUGCAUGCAACCCUAAGUUUAUCUAGUAAUCUCUGGCCUUCAAAUCUAAAUUUAAACACUGGUAAAUGCCACCUAUGCUCUGUUUUGAUAUGGGCAGGACAGCCCAACAACCUAAAACAUGAAAAAAACUCUGUUUAUUAAAAGCAAGCAAUGCAUUAAAUGAAGUUAUGUUUUCAUGUA